UUAACGUAAGGUUCACUUCACCUUCUCUAUUCUUUCAGUUUUAUAAAUGUGUUUGUCUAUAUCUUAUUUUAUAUUGUUUUCUAAGGUCCUGAAACCAUAUAGUAUAUACAAUACAUGAUUUGUCCCGUUGACCUUUUCCCCCUGUAAGUCAAUUAUCUCUUUGUCCCGGUAUCUAUCUCUCAGACACUCAUUCGAUCGUCAUAUCUCUUUGGGGCUCAAAUUUUCAGAGUGUAAAUGGGUAUAUUUCCUUGGUUUGGUGGCUGGAUCAGUCAGAACACACAACAGCCUAAAAAAUCUGAAAAUGUUAAAUCCAAGCCAGUGAAAGAGACAAAAACUCACAAUGAGAGAGAUGAGAUGGAGCAAUUAAAACUAUGGAGAGAUGCAAAUAAGAAGAAACAAUAUCAAGAACCUCCUCCUACUGUGAAGGUGCGCAUAGACCAUAAAUUUGAUGGCCUUUCCCGUAUGGAAAUGGAAUUUAUAUUAGGAUUGCCACCUCAAACAGCUUACGACGUUUUAACUAAUCAAGACAAUGAAUCAUACUCCAGAGAAAAGAACGACCGUCCACUUCUGAAAGCCGUAUCAAGAGUAGUUACAUCAGAGAAGGAUGAAGGAGAAGGGCAUAGGCCGAUCGUGAAGGUUGAGAAAGAGUUGUCAUGGAAAUUCCUUUUCCUGUCAGGAACUCUCCCAAUACGUCUAAUUGUCCUCGAAGAACCAAACAAACUUUAUGUAGACUACUUGAAAGAUGGAAAAGGAAUAAGGACCAUGGAAACGUUCGAGGGUAGGUAUACAGUGGAGCCAAUAUAUGUUGAUGCAGAACGCUUGUGCAAGCACAUGAAGCCAAAGAGUCCAGAAGAAUACAGAAAAUGUAGUGGUGGAAAAGGAUUGAUUGCGUCCAAGGUUAAAGUGGACCAGACUUUUAGGCCUGCUUCUCCUUGGGAUCUGCCACUGCUGUCUUCGUACAUGCGCCUGUUCACUAUCGAGACCACUAAGAAAGUGGCUGAAGAUCUUCAAAUUCGGGCUUCCAACAUUCGAGGUAUUCCGGAGCUGAAAGUCGGAGAUUAGUUGCUACCGGAGGUCCCUUCGACCCGAGUCGGGGAAGAACCCGGAGGAUUUUGGAACAGGGUCUUCGAAUAUCUGCUGUGUAAACUUAAAAAAGGAAGGAUAUUUAUAUACUUUUCUGGCUAUCAUAUGAGUUUUUUACUUUGUGAACAAGUAAGCAUGUUUACUUUGUCGUCUCACAUAAAAUACUUUUUUGGCUAUCAUAUGGCUUGUUUCUAACCACAAGAUGGCAUGUCUAAAUAUAUGCGUCUUCGUAAAAUAUGCAUUCAUGUCAAGAUUAAUUUAAAGAUGGUUGUUCACCAGGCAA